GUCAUCUCGGGAACACUUUUGAAUCUUCCGCUCAUCCGUCAUCCGAAAGUUAGUACCCGCUCACUUGUAAGAAACCUACACCUGCGCGCAAAUAUGUCUUUUUACAUUAUUUUCACCAACUACAACACUGUCACCUACUUACAAAUCGUUUCACCAUGUUCAGAAACUUGCUCAGGAACGUCAUCAACCCAUUAGUGGGUUACUCAAACGAGCUGCUUGAACGACCAAAGGCUCGAAUCGAUGCUGGUGUUCAUGGUGAUCUUUGCCACAUUAAGGUGCCGGUCCCUCCUAUGCCCCCUCGUAUUGGAAGGGCUACCCUAGAAGACAUUCCAGAGGAGUUACGCUGCCAUAUCCUCAAAUUUCUUUCAUAUACUGACAUUUUACGCUGCGCGUCGGCGAGUCCACAUUCAUCCCUGUCCUUCGACUCAUACACUAAUGCAUUUAUCCGGCUUGUCACAGACUUGCCGAUCGAUGUACUAUACAGUCAAAUCGUCGGUCGAACUUCAAUAUCUCGUCGAACUAGACGCGCAAAGUUUAAUUCAGGUCCAUCCGCGGCCACCUACUGUCUCCACAGCGGAGUGCCUGCGGAUCCUCCGAGACAAGGCGAACGCGUGGAAUUCUUUCGACCUUGAUGCUACGAACACUCCAGCGCUUCAUUUCUCGAACGUAUGCAACAUCCACUCCGUCACUCAUCAACAGCUUAAUCUGUCUAAAUCAUCCAUUGAUGCGGAUGUUGAGUCCCACACCAUGGAUAUGAAGUCAUGCACGACACGUAGUCGAUGGUUCGAUUUCGAGGGUUCGAACCCCACUCUUAGGACACUCAUUUAUAUGGACCCGCCACAAGACCUUAUGGUCAUCAUUCAAGCUCCAAACGGUGGCCGAACGCACGACUUCAAGUACAGAAUACUGUUCGGCACGAUAUCCACGGGUGAGGAACACCCUUUGGCCCAUGGAUCCCGUAUAGUCGCUGGUAGACCUGCUUCCAGUGAAGCGCGGCAAUUCGGUGUUUGUGUCUCUAUCCUCGGAGAUCGCAUUGCAGUCUUUCUCGCUGAGCAUGGCGAAAAUGAGGACCCAUACUGGUCGCUGCACGUCUCGAGCUGGCAUCAAGGUGGUCGAUCUGAUGAAAUAUGUGUGCCUAGCGAAGGCUACGGGUUGCGCGACCUCCGUUUUCUCACGAAGGAGAAGCUACUGGCUCUCUCACCACAGGGCCAUAUCCAGCUAUACGAUGUCGAUGACCUGUCAAAGACGCCACGGCUUCUGGCAAGAUUUAUCCUGCCCGUUCCUAAGGAUUCGGGCGUCUUCGUAUUUCCUUCGGUGUUCCAUAGUGCCCAAGGCUGUGCCCGCCUCAAGUCAUCAGAUGAUAAUUGGAUCUGGACGACAAACCCAGCAGAUCGAGUCAUAUCCGUGAUGUGGUUCUCUCCCUCGUCGCUUUUUGUUAUAUCCGCUCGGAUAUUUUUCAUGAACAUUCCUUUGGCAUGGUUCGAUGCGACUUCAAAAGAUGGACUAUCCGUUCCAUGGUCAUCAUGGGGUCCACAGAAUUCUCGCUGCUUCGACGGGGAAGAGGUGCUGUCCUUUGGAGUUGGAGGAUCUCGUGUUAUUCGGGCCGUUCCCUUUCCAGAUCCAGAUGAUUCAUCGUUCCAGUUGCAUAUGACCGACUUCAAUCCCUCCGCCGUGGCGCGUGGCAUCGGCAAGGUUGUCCAGGAACCUACGACAACAACUCUCGAGCUGGAUGUGCCGAUAACAACAUACCUCCCUUUCGUGGAGGUGGUUCAUGACCAGUGUCUCGAUGCCUCCCUUUGGAACAUUGUACUAGACGAGGAGAAGAUGGUGAUUCUUACCCUACCGACGACUGAGUCUACUGUGGUAACACACACGGAGGGCACCUUUUUUAAUAUGUAGUUUAUGCCUCGUUGGAGGCAUAGUACGCAGACUUUUAGAGCGUGCCAUUAUGCCACUUUCUAUUACGCACGCUGUUGCAUACUACUCAACUUGUUAGCUUGAAAUAAAACACUGAAACC